UGACACCUGCUGGUGGAAAAACAUCAUCAUUACCACAACUGGAGCAAGAUAAGAAUAUAAAUAAGACAAAAAUAUUAAUAAAAUAUAAGAAUAUUAAUACAUACAUUAAGAGAUUUGCGGUGUUACAGCAGUCACAAAUCACAACGCUGUAGAAAAGUAGAAAUAAUGAAAGAGAAUUAAAUAUGUACAAGAAACAACCAUGGUAAACAUUAAAAGUGUAGAGAAAUGAACGACACCAUCUGUUCUUCCUCUACAAAGGUUUUAUUUAACAUUAUUAAUAAUAUAAUAAUUCCUCUUUGUGUCCCCUCCUACUUUAAACAUGUCAUUAUUUAUCAAACUAACUUUCAAAGAAUGCCUCACAAAUCUACAUGAAAACAAACAGCACUUUGCCAUAGGGGGCGCUCUUCCUCCCUCCAUGUUUAAAUCCAGGAGAACAACAGAAAAGCUCGCAGUUUAUGUCAUUAUUUAUUCGCUCCUAAAGUUUGAGUGUUAACCCCGCCCGCUGGUACAGCGCCGGUGCGCAAAACACACCCCCGGGCUCAUUUUGAUGACGUCAUCAGCACCGAGCCACAACCAUAACAAAGCUCAGCUGUUCGAGUGCUGAGCAGCUAAACUACUGCGAGCUGCGGUUUCUCCGUGUAUUUGUUUGUUUUGUGUCGUUAAUGUGAGCGUUUUCACGGUUUAUUACAGAUAAUAAACGACAUCUAUCCACACAUUCAUGAACCAGCGCGCGGUCAAAAGCGUUAAAUAAAUAAAGAAAGAAAGCUCCUUUGUCUGCUCCUGUUAGCUGCUAGCAGGUUAGCCUUUAACCGAGGUCCAAGCAUGUUUAACUAAAAGUGUCCUCAAUACAAACCUGAGUUUUCUUCAACAAACAGAAUAUGGCUGAACACACCUGGGCCUGAAAUAAACUCCUCCCCUCACUGAAACCCCUCCCCACACAGACUCGAGUCAUUUAUGUGGGAGCAGAAAUCUCUAGGUGCUGCCGCUGACCUCUGACCUCUACCAGUGACUGUUCUUACUUCCUCUGUCGCCAUGUCGCCACGGAAGAGGCCGCUGGUUCCUGUGAGCAGUCGCAGGAAAGCAGCGGACGACGUCUUCCCGUUCCACUUCCUGCCGGUGGAGUGUCAGCUGCACGUGCUGUCCUUCCUGAACGAGGUGGACAAGUGCAGCUGCGCACUAGUGAGUCUGAGCUGGAGUCGUCUCGUCCGCUCCUGGAAGCUGUGGCGAGUGGCCGACUAUUCCCGCCGCGGCGUCUUCCACCUGGGUCAGGAGGGGCUGCUGGUUUCCAACCGUGAGUUUGAGCGCUGGAAAGCCUGGGUCCACCAUUACACCCACCACCUCAUCUCCCGCCGGGCCAGUCUGCUCACGCUCAAGGCCAGCUUCGACCUUGGGGACCACUGCAACCAGUGGGGGGAGCUGCUGAGCCACCUGCUGGACAAUGUCCACUGCAGAGACCUCAGCCACCUGGACCUGAACUGGACCUUCACACUCCUGGAGCCUCUGGACCUCCGGGUCCACCCGAGUUCCAGCUCACACCAGGACAGCAUCACCAAGAUGGAUCAGGUCAUCAGUUUCCAGAACCUGCUGACCAAACUCACCCAGAGCUGCCCUCGAGUCUCCAGGAUGCGUCUCCACUUCGACUGGUCAGACACGUCGGUGUCGCUGCUCGCUCAGUUCCAGCAGCUGCGAGUCCUCGAGCUCAAAUACUUCUGGGUCUUCAAAGGCGUGACGCCGUCCACACUGCACACGCUAACCAAAGCCCUGCCCAACCUCAGGUCGCUGACACUGCAUGUCCUGGUACCACUGAGGAACCUGGGGAUCUCCUACACUCUGGAGUCUCAGUCUCUGGAAUUCCUGGACGUGUCUCCCAGUCGAGGUCUGGUCUUCAGCCGCCUGAAGCUUCCUGCUCUGCGCGAGCUCCGAGCCAAGAAGAUCGUCCGCGGCAUCACGCUGGACCGGAAGACCCGGCUGAGGAUCCAGCACCGGUGGCCGUGUCUCUACAAUGUCCUGCGAGAGGGAACACCAAAGCUGCAGGCCCUCAACAACGAAAGGCUGCUCCCCACCUGGAGGGAACGCAGUUACCGCGAGCUGUCGGCCAUCUUAGAACAGUCCUGUUACUGCGUCCAGCACCUGGACAGCUGGCUGUGGUGAUCAGCUGACUCUGCGGUGAGCUGAGGACCAGGCAGCCUCUCUGUCAUGUUUCCAUCAUGGUGCAGUUCAGGCUUGUGUUUGGACUGAGAACAGUGGUGUGGGCGGAGUGUGGGGGCGAUGGAUGACGCCCAACAAGACACAGUCAGUCUUUGAGGACAGACCGAGGACGUGAAAGAAACACCAGUCACAGGGAAGUGACAUGCAGUGUUUAAGCUCCACCCUGACUGUACCGUUACGGUGGUAACUCAAGGGAAGGAGACUGAAAAUGGAAACUCAACAAAACCGAAACGUUUGUUCUCUGCUGCAUUCCAGUUGUAGUUGGAAUGAUUCCACGAUGGCCACUCCCACUUCAAUAGAACACAGAAUAAAGUUUUUAGAUUUUAAUUAAA